CAAAAAAACAAAAAACAAAAAAUACCGUUGUGCAUCGAAAGCAUUUAAUUGUUUUCAAAUUUCUCUCCACUAUUCUAUCUUUCUUGAUCUCUCAAACACAAUGCAAGAUGAAAUUUGAGGUCAAAAAUUGAAAGGCAACAUCCAAUCCCAAUCUUCGAGUAAUAGAAGCUGUGGUUCACUCACAUUUCCCUUUCAUUAUCCAUUGAAUUUACUAUUUACAUGCAUGCAUUCUCUCUUCAAAACACUUUCUCAAUUAUACAUACAAAUUAAGGCGUUCAAAUUUUGUCCCCAAUUGAGCAAUGUCGACCGUUAACGGCUGCCUCGCCUCUCAAAUCUUCACCGCCGCCACCUCCGCCCGCGCUAGAGUUUCCCUCCGCCCCGCGGCCACCGCUCGCCUCAACAACUCCGGCUCCACUCCUCCCAGCCUCAUCCGCAAUGAGCCCGUCUUCGCGGCUCCCGCUCCCAUCAUCCACCCACUCUUGAAAGAAGACAUGGGAAAGGACUCCUACGAACAAGCCAUGGCUGCACUCGAGAAGCUUCUUACUGAGAAUGGAGUGAUAGAACCAGUGGCGGCGGCGAAAGUCAAUGAAAUCACGGCAGAGCUUACAACAGCUGGCGGCGGCGCCACCAUCUCAUCCGAGUCAGUUGAGAGGCUGAAAACUGGCUUCAUCACCUUCAAAAGAGAGAAAUACGAGAAAAAUCCAGCUCUUUACGGUGAACUAGCCAAAGGCCAGAGCCCUACGUACAUGGUCUUUGCAUGUUCGGACUCGCGUGUGUGCCCCUCGCACGUGCUGGACCUUCAACCGGGUGAAGCUUUCGUCGUCCGCAACGUCGCCAACUUGGUGCCCCCAUUUGACAAGACUAAAUACUCGGGAGUAGGAGCUGCUGUUGAGUAUGCUGUUCUCCAUCUGAAGGUGAAGGAGAUUGUUGUGAUAGGGCACAGUGCAUGCGGAGGGAUCAAGGGAGUCAUGUCCUUCCCAUAUGAUGGCUCCUCAUCCACUGACUUCAUUGAGGAUUGGGUGAAGAUUGCAUUACCUGCCAAGAACAAGACAUUGGCCGAGUGCUCAAAAGACACACCAUUCGGCGAGCAAUGCACCACUUGCGAAAAGGAAGCUGUGAACGUGUCGCUAGGAAACCUGCUCUCAUACCCGUUUGUUCGGGAAGGGUUGGUGAAGAAGACGCUAGCGUUGAAGGGUGGAUACUAUGACUUUGUGAAUGGGAGUUUCGAGCUGUGGGGGCUUGACUUCAGCCUAUCGCCAUCUCUCUCUGUAAAAGAUGUGGCCACAAUUCUGCACUGGAAGCUCUAUUAGGAAAAUUGGGUGUGAGGCAGCCCAAUCUGCAGAGUGAUGGGGUUUAUCUGUAUCUAUCAUCUGGGAUUAAUACAAAUAAAAUACUACUUUUUGUGUAAA